GGCAACCCUGUCCCUACUACAGUAUAGUGAAGAUUAAAGCUUAGUGUAAAUCAGUGACAGCGGGUAAAAAACACAGGAUAAUACAUCACCUGGGGGGAAUUAUAACACAUAAUAGUGUACAGACAUUUAUUCCUAGAGUUUCAGCAUCUUUAGGGGCAGUUUAUUUAUUAAGUCCUAUUAUUAUUUGUGCAUUUCUGCAGCAGUAAAGACGGACCGGAGGGUGAAUUGUUGACGCUAUGGGAAACGCCGCGGCCGCCAAGAAAGGCAACGAGCUGGAGAGCGUUUUCUUUCAGGAGAAGUCAACUCACAGAUGAUAGCGAGUCAAAGAGUUCUUAGCCAAAGCCAAGGAAGAUUUCCUAAGGAAAUGGGAAUGUCCACCACAGAGCACAACUUGUCUAGAUGACUUUGACAGACUGAAGACGCUAGGCACAGGCAGUUUCGGGAGAGUCAUGUUAGUAAAACACAAAGGGACAGAGCAGUUCUACGCCAUGAAGAUUCUGGACAAACAGAAGGUGGUUAAAUUGAAGCAAAUAGAACACACACUAAACGAGAAGAGAAUACUACAGGCAGUCUCGUUCCCUUUCCUCGUCAGACUGGAAUACGCCUUCAAGGAUAAUUCCAAUCUCUACAUGGUGAUGGAGUACGUACCGGGUGGCGAGAUGUUCUCACAUCUAAGAAGAAUCGGGAGGUUUAGUGAACCACAUGCACGGUUUUACGCAGCGCAGAUAGUCCUCACCUUCGAGUACCUCCACUCUCUAGACCUCAUUUACAGAGACCUGAAGCCCGAGAACCUUCUCAUCGAUCAGCACGGUUACAUACAGGUGACCGACUUCGGUUUCGCGAAACGAGUAAAGGGCCGAACCUGGACGUUGUGUGGAACCCCUGAGUACCUGGCGCCGGAGAUCAUCCUGAGCAAGGGCUACAACAAAGCAGUGGACUGGUGGGCGCUAGGAGUGCUCAUAUACGAAAUGGCUGCAGGUUACCCCCCGUUCUUUGCUGACCAGCCCAUUCAGAUCUACGAGAAGAUUGUGUCUGGAAAGGUACGAUUCCCGUCUCACUUCAGUUCAGACCUGAAGGACCUGCUGAGAAACCUGCUUCAGGUCGACCUGACGAAACGGUACGGCAACCUCAAGAAUGGCGUCAACGACAUCAAAAACCACAAGUGGUUCGCCACGACGGACUGGAUCGCCAUCUAUGAGAGAAAGGUAGAGGCUCCGUUUAUUCCAAAAUGCAGAGGUCCGGGAGACACUAGCAACUUCGACGACUACGAGGAGGAGGACAUACGCGUGUCUGUCACAGAAAAAUGCGCAAAGGAGUUUGCCGAGUUUUAGUCCGGACACAUGAGAGCUAUACGUAUACGUAUAUACGUAUAUGUAUUUAUCAAUAUAAAUACACAUAUAUAUAUAUAUAUAUAUAUAUAUAUAUAUAUAUAUAUAUAUAUAUGAGUGUGUGCGACUGUGCGCAUGAAUGCGUGUGCGAACGUGUGUAUAAAACCUCACAGCAAACGAAACAAGGGAAUCUUUGCACUCUAAAGACACAGGGAUGGCGGGGAGACCACACCACCAUCACCACCACCUCCGAAUUACUGCAUAGCUCCUUCAUUUCGUCUGGUUCAUCAUCAGGAGGCCAAACGCUUUACAUCCUACAUCAGACUAUUCACUCGCUCAUAUAUAUAUAUAAAUAUAUAUAGAUAUAGAUAGAUAUCUACAUACACAUAGCCCACUUUAUUUUCAUUUUUCUGUUUGAUAAGUGUCUCGGGUGUUGUUUUCCCCCCGUUGUUUUAAAGGUGAGAAGGUUUUCAGCAGUGUUCAGGACUAGGAUUUUAAUUGCCAUAUAUGUUGAGUGCCAGUUUAUUAGGUAACCCUGCCGUAUGGGUGGAUUCCUGACUGUAGCCCCCCUGUCGCUUAGUCGUGUCAUCAGUGUAGUCCACCUUGAGAAUACGGUGGAUUAUUUUUUUAAAACAAAAUUUAUAUCCCAGUUCUGACCAGGCUACCUGAGCGCACACCCACCACCAGGCGGCCUGGUCAGAACUGGGAUAUAAAUUUUGUUUUAAAAAAUGUACAUGCACUAGAGCUGUGUGGGUAAAUCGAUCUCUUGUAGGUUGAUUUGAUUCAUUGAAUUGAGGAAUCAGUUUUUGAUUCACAUUUUUUUUAAUGAGUUGGGUAAACUGAAAUGCUAAAAAGUAUAAACUUGGGCAGAUUACAUAAAAAAAAUACUAGAGCUUAUAGAAAUAAAAAAAAUCGGUGGCAUCUUCUACAAAUACGCAUAUUUUGUGCGAGUAUCGCUGCUGCUUCUUCUUUUGGUGCUUGGUUGAUUACCGCCGUCUACUGAAGGGGACUGGAGUGUGGAGCAGAAGAUUAGCAAAAAAAAAAAACCAUAAUGCUUUGUAUGAUACAUGACACUUCAGUGUUUAUUAAUUACUUUUAGUUUUAUGCCGAAUAUCCUUCCUGACCCAAACCCUCCCGUUGUCUCGGGACCGACACUAAGUAUGCCCUGGUUCCAUACAUUUACUUUUAGCCUUUUGGCAGAUGCUCCUAUCUAGAGUGACUCAUAGAAGUCCAGUGACUGGGGUUUGAGCUUAGACUGGAAAUCACAGUGAUCCAGCAAUUUUAAUCAUUCAAAACUUGUAAGAAAUAUCGCUGCUCAAAACAGAUCACACAGUAAACUUUAAUGCUACUGAAUCAAAUUAACAGUCUGUCCAACAUUCACAACUCUAACAUGUUCAAGAUGGAGCCCGUUUUAAUUGUAGUUAAAUCUGUUCCUUGCAGAUUGGUUGAAUUUGGGGUAAAGCAACAAAUCCUAACAACUGGCAUGAGUGAUUUUCAUUCAGGUCGAUUGUCAAAACUUUAGUCCCCCCUUUUUCCUUCAGCGACCUCAUGUGACCAACCGCAGCAACAUGAGAUCAAAGUUUAUGCAGACUCGGGACCUCUCGGACAUUGCUUUGCUAUGAAAAACUUUCUCCAAAGUGUCCUGCUCCUCUUGUCCUGUCAAUAGUUUUUACUACAUCACUAUAUCCACUUGUAUAAAUUACACGCACAUGAAGAGAGUACUGGUUUUACCCGAUAUAGUCUCGUUGUGUUUCUCUGCACACCUUCGCAUGCUGCUCUUAAUUUUUUACCACAUCUGUUACUAUUAUUGUUGUUAUUAUUAUUAUAGUUAAUUUCCUAUGUUUUUUUUAGAGGAUGUAGUAAUAUAGCAAAAGUGAUGCGUCUGCCACUCGGUGGGAUUUCGCUUUCUCCAUGGGUCUGAGAUUCUUGUUUGCAUGAUAUCUCAAAAAGAAGUAACUGAACGUUUGUAGUAUUUUUAAGGAAUUAUCAUGUUAAGCUGUGGAUGAAGAUUAAACACAGCAAGGUCAAAAGUCUAAAAUCUAUAUAUUUUUUUCUUUUUUUUUCUUCAUUAGCAUCUAAUUUUAUUUAAAAGGUGGCGGAGUCAUCCACGUCCAUGCUGUGGGCGUUGAGUUAAAAAAAUAUAUAUAUUUUGAGACAGGAUAGAACUAGGCUUAGUUUGGUUUAAGGGUCUAGUUCAUGACUUUAGCAGUAAGAAGGCGGUGUUGGAAUUUUCAAUUUAUAACUUUUUGUGCAGUAGACCAAAAGCCUUAAACACUGAGCCUGUGCCGAAGCAUGUUCUUGUUUAUGGCGGUACAAGAUUCAGAACCGUGUCGCUGAUGUGCCUCAGAAUGAACCGUCACUGACUUAAUUGUCAUGAAUUGAUGGGGAAUGAGUGACUGGA